AUGCCCUCUCUUCAACCCACCAUGUCCUCCACCUCUACUACAAAUUUCGACGAGCAUCAAUGGGUCAUUCACAUGCGCCGAACCCUCAAUGAAGAGCUCGAAGAAGACACUGACAUUCUCGUCAGCAUCUUCAAUGUCCCCAAGAACCUCCUAGCUAGCGAUCCCGAUUCCUACAUACCCCAACAAAUAGCAUUAGGCCCUUACCAUUACUGGCGCCCCGAGCUCUAUGAGAUGGAGAGAUACAAGCUUGCCGCGGCCAAAAGAACCCAAAAACACCUCCAAACCAUCAAGUUCCAACACCUUGUGGACCAGUUAAUGAAGCUUGAGUCAAGGAUUCGAGCCUGCUAUCACAAGUACCUUGAUUUCAAUGGCGAAACCUUAUCAUGGAUGAUGGCUGUUGAUGUGUCUUUCUUGCUAGAGUUCCUUCAAAUCUAUGCCGUCAAAGAAGGGAAAGUGUUGACUAGAGUUUCGUCGAGGAUGUCGCAUUUGGUUGACAUUGCUGGGAGAAAAUCAGCACACAAUGCCAUUCUGAGAGAUAUGGUGAUGCUCGAGAAUCAAAUUCCUCUGUUUCUGUUGAGGAAGAUGUUGGAAUUCCAACUUUCGUCAUUAGAAUUGGCCGAUGCCAUGUUGGUGGCUAUGUUAAUGGGAAUGUGUAAAGAGCUUUCGCCAUUUAAGACGAUGGAAGAUCUCCCAAAUGUUCAAGUUUCAGAGUCUAGCCACCUUCUACACUUUCUGUACCAUGUGAUCGUGCCCAAAUCAGAAGAACAAUCCGAGAUUAUUGAAGUCGAAGAACAAAUCAUUGAAGCCAUGGAGAUCAAAAAAAUGCCUUCUGAGAAAUCAAGCAAUAUUAGACAACUGUUUGAUGAGGUUUGGAAACACCUCUCGAAGCUAAACAAAGGACUGGUACGCCUAAUCAAAAGGGUAUUGUUUUCUGGACCUGUCAAAGUUAUAUUAAGACUUCCAUGGACAAUCCUCUCUAACCUUCCUGGAUUCAAACUCUUGAAACAACCCGUUGAAUAUUUUUUCUUCUCUGAAAACAAAGAAGACAACCCUGAAAAUGAGAAUUCAAGCUCAAAUAACGCCAUUAACAGAUCUCCAUUGGUUGAGGAAAUUACAAUCCCAUCUGUCACUGAGCUAUCCAAAGCUGGUGUCAAAUUCCUACCCACGAAUGGCAGUGUCUUAACCAUUAGAUUUGACGUUACAACAGCCAAAUUUUAUCUUCCCACCGUUAGCUUAGAGGUGAACACGGAAGUGAUUAUGAGAAACUUGGUAGCAUACGAGGCCUGCAAUGCAUCAGGGCCGUUGGUUUUUACUCGAUACACUGAAUUAAUGAAUGGGAUUAUCGAUACUCAAGAGGACGUGAAAUUGCUUAGGCUACAUCCCGGGAUUAUUUUGAACCAUCUGAAGAGCGAUGAAGAGGUAGCUGAGCUAUGGAAUGGGAUGAGCAAGUCUGUCAGGCUGACCAAAGUGCCAUUCUUAGAUAAAGUGAUUGAAGAUGUGAACAAGUAUUACAAUGGUAGAUGGAAAAUCAAGCUCGGAAAAUUCAUGAAGUUGUACGUGUUCGGAUCGUGGCAGUUUCUCACACUUUUGGCUGCUAUUUUGCUCUUGUUGUUGAUGACUUUACAAGCAUUUUGCUUGGUCUAUAGCUGUGCUCGCAUAUCUCAUAUAAAAAACAUUCAGUGA